AUGGCGGACCAUGCGGAUCAAGUGGAGCAGAAUCGAAUCAAAAGACUUAAAACAGCCCGCGCAUGUGACCAGUGUCGACGAGUUCGUUCAAGAUGCGAUAUUCAAAAUUCAAAUACAGCAUCCACAAGUCCAGACGAAAGCAUAUGUGAACGCUGUAGACGUUUGAAUCUAGAAUGCACAUUUAUCCUACCCAUCGGAGAGACCAGAGGGAAGAGGAUACCUCUGAAAGGUAACCUGGAUCACAACUCUCCAUCCCGGGAGUCCGCUACUACAGAAGGCUCCCCUUCAUCGGCAGAAGCUUACACCGACCCUAUCGAAAAAUUCAAAACCUUCAUAACAACGAAUUUACCAAUAAUAUCACCUCGAGAUCUAACCCACGACUCCUCGAUAUUGCUACACUGCUGUGCACGGCUCUUAGGAACGUUAUGCACAGAAACUGCAUCGGACGGUGCUGUGGAGAAGUUGAAGGCAUCAUUAGAGGCUUAUAUGCUGAGUAAAUCACCGCUCAAGACCCCCACAGUCCAAAAUGUACAGGCGCUGGUAUUAUUGGCAGUUGUGGUAGAAGAUAAGGGGUACGGGCUAAAGUUUAUGACCGCAGUCCGAAUGGCAUGCUCUUUAGGGUGGAAUAUCCAACAACCUGAAAUUUCUAGCAAUAAUAGCACCACCGACGACGCCGAAGACUCAGCAUAUAUCCAGUACCUGUGGUGGACCAUUGUUACACUUGAUAUAUGGCUCUACCUCUACUCAGGGAUUCCUCUCCUAAUCAAUUAUCGCGAUUUCAAUGUACCUGUGCCACUUCCUCCGCACGCUCCUAACUUCUUCGCAUCUCUCACUUCUUUGUCGGAAGUUUUACGUUUCAAAAUAAGACCUUCUUCGUUCUCGCAGAGGGUACCAGGGACCACGCCAUACAAUUCUUUACAAACUUGGCAGACCAUCUAUCUUUCCUCUGUCAUCGGGAUAGGAGGAUUAAUAGAAGCAGUAAUAGACGUAUUUCAUGGUGCUGUUGUGGCGCUAUUCGUGCUGUCCCCAGAAGGAGAUGCGGUUCCCAGGGAUGCAGAAGUAUGGCUGGCGAAGGCAGUGAAGGGAGGGUUUGAGGGAGUUUUUGGAAGGGUGAAGGGGUUGAAAUGGGCUAGGUGGAUAUGUGUAUUGGGAUUGUUAAGAUUAGAAAGAUGGGGAGGUGGUAAAACAUGGGAGGAUACAGUAGAAAGAAACGUUUUGGAUAAACUGAGGUUGUUAGAGGAAAGUGGUGUCGGUUGGGAAUUAGUAUGGAGGAUGGAGGAGAUUCUCGGAUAG